AUGCAACCCCUCGUUCUAUGCAGUACCCAGGGCAGACUUGUAACACAAAACGGACGAUCCGCCAACCCUCCGCCCGAAAGACCGGACGUAGUCCUUCACGCAAAGACAUGUCCACGCCAAGCAUCCCUUUUACACCUGUACCCUUCUCCCCACAGCCUCAUCGCCUCUUCCUACAUUUCCCCUUCCCCUCGCCUCUUCCUUCCAUCUGCGAAAGCAAAAAAGAAAAGUAAGAAGAAGAAAAGAGAGUUCCCCCAACGCCCGUUGCAAAACCGCAGCCGAAAUGCUACUUGUGUCUCGCUUCCAGACGCGACAACUCGCUACGCUGCGGCUGAACUCCGCGACUACUUACUUUACGCGACCGGGGUGGUGGGGAGCAACCGCGAGCGCGCGGGCUUUUGCGGCUCAGCUUUUGUGGCUGGCUAG